UGUGUAUGUGUUGUGUGGUGUGUGUCUGCUUGGACUCUGAGAGCUGCACGGUGACAGCUUACCGGGCUCUCUCAGACGGCUCACAGCGGUACACUGGCUGACUAACCGGUGGAGUUCAGAGCGGCUAAGCUAGCAGCGAGCUGAUGAGACAUAACGGUGCUUACACACAGCUAACUCUAGCUUAGCCUUUAUUUUGAUGUAUUGCAAAUGUUUCCGGUGUGGGAAGGAACAGGCAUUCAUGUAAUGUGAAGCUCCUGACUCUGGCACCGGAAUCAAGAUGACAACUUCAUGGAGCGACCGUCUGCAAAACUACUCCGAGCUCCCUGCCAACAUGGACGGUGUGGCCAUGAAGAAGUACCGCCGGGAAGCUCACCAAAGCUUUCCAAGGGAUCAGACUCAAAACCAUCCUGCAACCAGAGUGUUUGUCAAUCGAAGCUUGGCCAUGGAGAGGAUCAAGUGCUUUGGGUUUGACAUGGAUUACACUCUGGCAGUGUAUAAAUCUCCUGAGUACGAGUCGCUAGGCUUCGACCUGACGGUGGAGCGCCUGGUGAACAUUGGUUAUCCACAAGAGCUGCUCAACUUUGUCUACGACCCCUCCUUCCCAACCAGAGGUCUGCUGUUCGACACAACGUAUGGCAAUCUGCUCAAAGUGGAUGCAUAUGGGAACAUCCUGGUGUGUGUGCACGGAUUCAACUUCUUGAGGGGACCGGACAUCCGAGAGAUUUAUCCAAACAAAUUCAUUCAGCGUGGAGACACUGACCGCUUCUACAUCCUCAACACACUCUUCAACCUGCCUGAAACCUACCUCUUUGCCUGCCUGGUGGAUUUCUUCAGCAACUGCUCCAGAUACUCCAGUUGUGAGGCUGGCUUCAAAAAUGGCGACCUAUUCAUGUCCUACAAGAGCAUGUUCCAGGAUGUGCGAGACGGCGUGGACUGGGUUCAUAUGAAGGGGUCAUUAAAAGAGAAAACAGUUGAAAACCUGGAGAAGUAUGUGGCAAAGGACCCCAAGCUUCCUCUGCUCCUAAGUCGCAUGAAUGAAGUAGCCAAAGUGUUUCUGGCCACCAACAGUGAUUACAAAUACACAGAGAAAAUUAUGACCUACCUCUUUGACUUUCCUCACGGCCCAAAGCCAGGCACCCCCCACCGGCCCUGGAAGUCUUACUUCGACCUGAUCCUGGUGGAUGCUCGCAAACCUGUUUUCUUUGGAGAAGGGACGGUGCUGCGGCAAGUGGACACUACCACAGGCCGGCUAAGGAUCGGCACAUACACGGGGCCCCUGCAGCAUGGGAUUGUUUACUCUGGAGGAUCUUCAGACAUCGUGUGUGAUCUGCUGGGGGCCAAAGGGAAAGACAUCAUCUACAUUGGAGACCACAUUUUCGGUGACAUCCUCAAAUCCAAGAAGCGUCAGGGCUGGAGGACCUUCCUGGUGAUUCCUGAGCUGGCCCAGGAGCUGCACGUGUGGACCGACAAGAGCCCCAUCUUUGAGGAGCUUCAGUCUCUGGAGUGCUUCCUGGCAGAGCUUUACAAGCAUCUGGACAGCAGCAGCAACGAGAGGCCGGACAUCAGCUCCCUGCAGAGACGCAUUAAGAAAGUGACCCAUGAUAUGGACAUGUGCUACGGUAUGAUGGGAAGUCUGUUCCGCAGUGGAUCCCGACAGACGCUGUUUGCCUCGCAGGUGAUGCGUUACGCUGACCUGUAUGCCGCUUCCUUCAUCAACCUGCUGUACUAUCCCUUCAGCUACCUGUUCAGGGCAGCUCACGUGCUGAUGCCCCAUGAGUCCACAGUGGAGCACACUCACGUCAGCGUCAUGGACACUGAGUCUCCGCUGGCAACGCGCAACCGGCAAGACGUGGACCUCAAAGAGAUGGAGUGCAAACGGCACCAGCUGACUCGCUCCGUCAGUGAGAUCCAGCCCCCCCACUUUUUCCCUCAGCCCCCACAGGAGAUCACUCACUGCCACGAUGAGGAUGAUGACGAGGAGGAAGAGGAGGAGGAGGAAUAGAGGGGGGUCGAAGCAGUGGAGUCUGCAUAUGAGGCAUGACAUGGACCUGUGACUGGAGUCCCGUCUCGUCCCUGCUACCUGCUCCAGUCCGUGGGGUGAGGGCUGUAAUUUUAGAUGCAUGUCUGUUAGGAUGGGGCGGAGUGAUGAUGAAAUGAAAGUGAACGAGAAGAGUUCCUCCCUGAGUCUGAGGAGGUGUGUUCGAGGAGAACUGUUCUGCUUUAGUGUUCAGGAGUCCUGUAUGCAUGCACUCAUUGCUCUGUAAACGGCUCUGCUGCUCCCCCCUGCUCCACAGCGCUCCCUGCUGCUCCCCCCUGCUCCACAGCGCUCUCUGCUGUUCCCCCCUGCUCCACAGCGCUCUCUGCUGCUCCCCCUUGCUCUGAACAACCUGCUGACCGUCACUCUGCUGCUCCGUCAGUCCUUUAGGGGCCAUGUUCAGAUGAUGAUGCGUGUCGUCCACAGAGCAGCAGGUGUUUGAACAUGGACCUGCCUCAGUGUUGAGAAGCUAUUUGUUAAAUCCAUUCUUUGUUGUUAUUGUUUUAAGGGGUUGGGGGAAAUGUAGGAACUAACAGCACAUCCAAGGGUGGAUUUUGACUUGAAGGACUGUAGUUAUGUUAUUCGGAACAGCUGCUGACAGUAGACUGGAUCACAAUCAGUUUGUGUCCAGCAGAAGGUUUUUAAAAGUGUGUUUUAAAGGUGAGGUUGACGGGAGGCUGCUAACAUGGCAGCCGCUGAGAGAAACUCCACAUACUUAUUCACACACUGCCAUACGUGUUUGUUUUAAAGGGAAAACAAUGGCCUUUUUUGACAACCUCAUCAAUGAUUGAGUUUAUUUAACGGUUAAAAGACAAAAUGUAUGAGAUAAUAUAUUGUAGUUAUGAUGUGAGUCGAAAUGUUGUUGUUCAGAGCUAUGAGUCAAACAUGCAGUUACUGUCAUAUUUUAGUCCUCCUGCUGCUGCCAACAUGCUGUUACUGUAAUGUGAGCACCCCACACACACACACACACACACAUUAUGAUGCUGUGGUGCCCUGAUGUCUCAUGUUACUGCCUUUACUCUAAGGGCCUCUGGUUGAACAGUAGGAGCUGUAAAAUGUGCUGAAGGAUUGAUCUUACAUGGUUAGGAGCUGGACCCUGAUGUGUGUUCGUCCUGUUUUGGCCGCGUAUUUCUUUCGUUGUAUUUGUAUAUCCUGCUGACAGCUGAUUGUUGAACAUGUCCGGCCCACUGUAGCUUGCGAUGUUAUUCUUGGUAUUUGAGUAUGGAAGCAAUAGCAGCCUGCUGAACCACAGGUUUCUCUUCCUCUAUUCUGUUUGCUGUCAGCUUUGAUAAUCACACAUACUGUGUAAAGUGAACCAAAUGAAUGUUGUUUUUUACCAGCAGUAUUUAAUGCAUGUUGCAUUUAUUCAGUUUUAUUUUAUGUUUUAUUUUUAUGUUGUGAAGACCGUUGAAUUUCAGAUGCUGUGAGUCUGUUUUUAAUAAAUGUUUUGAUCUGG